AGUAAAUGGGCGGAGCGCCUCAUCUCCGACUUCCAAUUCAUCGGCGACUCCGACCACCACUACUCCUCCGCCGCCGCCGCAUCCGCUACUCUCAGCCCUCCGCGCUACGAUUCUCCGCCUGAGCAGCGGUUCGUCUCGAUUCCUCUCGACUUCUACAGAAUCCUCGGCGCCGAAACGCAUUUCCUUGGCGACGGUAUUCGACGCGCGUACGAGGCGCGUUUCUCGAAGCCACCGCAGUAUGCGUUCAGCAACGAAGCGUUAAUCAGCCGCCGCCAGAUUCUCCAAGCUGCUUGUGAAACCCUAGCUGACCCUGCUUCCCGCAGGGAGUACAACCAGGGACUCGUUGAAGAUGAAGACGCCACCGUUUUCACUCAAGUCCCUUUCGAUAAGGUUCCUGGAGCUCUCUGCGUGCUGCAGGAAGCUGGGGAGACUGAGUUGGUGCUUCAGAUUGGGCAGGGCUUGCUGAGAGAGAGAUUGCCCAAGUCAUUUAAGCAAGAUGUCGUGUUGGCCAUGUCGCUCGCUUAUGUUGACAUCUCGAGGGAUGCUAUGGCCUUUACCACUCCGGAUUUCAUUACUGCAUGUGAGAUGCUUGAGAGGGCAUUGAAACUUUUGCAGGAAGAAGGAGCAAGCAGCCUAGCACCAGAUUUACAAGCACAAAUCGAUGAGACACUGGAGGAGAUAACCCCACGUUGUGUUUUGGAACUUCUAUCCUUGCCCCUUGAUGAAGAACAUCGAGCACGAAGGGAUGAAGGUCUGCAGGGUGUCCGCAACAUUUUGUGGGCUGUUGGAGGAGGUGGUGCGGCAGCAAUUGCUGGGGGUUUCACACGUGAGGACUUCAUGAAUGAGGCUUUUUUACAUAUGACAGCAGUUGAACAGGUUGAUCUUUUUGUGGCCACACCAAGUAAUAUACCAGCUGAAAGUUUUGAAGCGUAUGGGGUGGCACUUGCGCUCGUUGCUCAAGCCUUUGUAGGUAAAAAGCCACAUCUUAUCCAAGAUGCGGAUAACUUAUUCCAACAACUUCAACAAACAAAGGUAACAACUAUGAGACAUGCUGCCUCUAUUAAUGCUCCAAAGAGAGAGGUUGAUUUUGCUUUAGAAAGGGGCCUCUGUGCAUUGCUUGUUGGGGAGCUAGAUCAGUGUCGAUCAUGGUUGGGACUAGACAGUGAGAGCUCUCCAUAUAGAAAUUCAUCCAUUGUAGAAUUUGUAAUGGAAAAUGCCAAGGGUGAUGAAGACAGUGAUCUUCCUGGACUCUGCAGAUUGUUAGAGGCAUGGUUGAUGGAAGUAGUUUUUCCGAGAUUCAGAGAUACUAAAGAGAUAACAUUCAAGCUUGGAGAUUACUAUGAUGACCCUACAGUGCUCAGGUAUCUAGAGAGGCUGGAGAGUGUUGGGCAUUCACCCUUGGCUGCUGCAGCAGCCAUAGUGAAAAUCGGAGCUGAGGCUACUGCUGUUAUUGGUCAUGUCAAGGAUAGUGCAAUGAAUGCAUUGAAGAAGGUGUUUCCUGUUGGUUAUGAAGAUAAAAUUGUGAAAACUCAAGAGAAUGACGGGAAGGAAUAUUUCAAUCUUUCUGAAAGUGAGAAUCUUUUAAUUUCACCGGAUCAAGAUACUUCGACUGGUAUUGAGGUUUCUGGAACAAGAAAAUCUUCUGAGAUAAGUGGUGAUGAGAUAAUUACUGACAAAAUUAAAGAUGCAACUGUGAAGAUCAUGUGUGCUGGCGUUGUGAUUGGCCUCGUGACUGUGGUUGGCUUGAAGUUUAUACCUGCUAGGCAUGGCUCACCCACCAUACGCAAGACAACUGGUUCGGCACUGGCAUCAGAUACUGUCAACAUAGGUUCCUCGGGAGGCGAAGAAUUAGAAGAGCAACUUCCGAAAAUGGAUGCAAGGGUUGCUGAAGCUGUGGUUCGCAAUUGGCAGAACAUCAAAUCCCAAGCUUUUGGACCCGAACACUGCCUCGAAAAAUUGCCAGAGGUACUUGAUCACGAGAUGUUGAAGAUAUGGUCCGAUCGGGCAUCCGAGAUUGCAGAGCGCGGUUGGUCCUAUAACUACACGUUGGAGGACCUCAGCAUCGAUAGCGUGACUAUAUCCCAGAAUGGGCGGCGUGCGGUGGUCGAGACAACUCUCAAAGAGUCAACCCACCUCAAUGCUGUAAGUCAUCCGCAGCACAAUGCUUCAAGCAGCAAAACCUACACAACAAGAUAUGUGAUGUCUUGUUCAGAUUCAGGUUGGAAAAUCGUUGAAGGAGCUGUUCUUGAGUCAUAGUCAUGUUUUGUAAUAUUGUUUGCACUUUUCGAGCACUCUUAAUGUAGUUAACCUGUAAAUACUCCAUCUAUGUGCUAUCAGAUUGUUCAAUUAGCUGCAAAAUGUUUGAAAAUUUCAUGCAGAAAUAAAUAAUUUUUUAUUAUUUA